CGGGAGCGGGAAAGCCGUGAGAAUCUCCAUCGAAGUGCCGUUCAGAUUCGAGCCUGGGAAAAGGACUCUUCUGUGCAACGUCGCAUACCGAGUGUUGAGUGAUGCCUUAAGUUCACUUUGAGGCUCUUUCCUACUUUUAUUCUUGUGUUGAUAAACCGCCAUUAAAAUGAAAUGUAACUUUGGAACAGUGGUUGUCGUCGCUGGCUUCGCGGGCAUACUAAGCUUUAGUUUCCUCGCCGCGGCGAUCGGCAGUGAGUACUGGUACAUUAUAGAGGUGAACAAACCGAACCAGACCGACACCGAAGACCUGAACUCUCACUCCGGACUGUGGAGAACGUACGAAGGCAAAAAUGGCAGCUCUCAUGACUUCUACCCCUUUUCCGACUCGACCAACUACACCGAGACGGAGAGACGUUUGCUUGGCAUGCACAGGGUGAUCGUCAUUCUGCUGCCCCUCAGCCUGGUGCUGCUGGUGUUUGGGGGUAUCUGCGGCCUCGUCAGCUCUCUGGCCCAGAGCCACGCCCUCCUAACUGUGACCGCCUCCUACUUCCUCCUCUGCAGUCUCCUCACGCUGUCGGGGGUGAGCCUGUACAUCAGCUACUCCCAUCAGGCCCUGGAGGAGAUUAAGCGGCAGGUGGGGGCGGAGCAGCUGGCAGGUGUGCAGGUGUGCUUUGGCUGGUCGCUGGGUGUGGCCGUGCUGUCCUUCAGCCUGGAGGUGAUCACCGGGGCCCUGCUGCUGCUGGCAGGCAGGAUGGCGCGUCUGCAACAGUCCUCCACCAUCUGCACCGCCGUCGUGGCCUAGACCCCCUUUCCCCACCCUCCCGCGGCUCCACCUCGGGGUGUCCUUUCCAACGGCAUGUGAAAACGCAUGCC